CUCCAGAUUCCACGAUUCAUAAGUGAGAGCCAACAUUUUCGGCUCAGAGGGCCAAUCAUUCGAUAUCCUUUCCUUAACCGAUAUGUCCGAGUUGACGAUCUUCAAUGUUGAUGUCCGUUCGGUCCGAUGCAAAAACUGUAUGUGAUUCGAGAGCUAACCUGCCCGCCUCGGCACGACGGACGACGUAGAAGAUAUUGACUUCGAGGUCAACUGCAAGGUUGUUGCCUCGAACCAAAGCUGUAUUCUUGUCAUAAUUCUGUGCCGUGAAUCCGCCGCAAUCUUCGUCUACUCUUCGGGCACGACAGGACAGCCAAAAUGCAUCGUUCACUCGGUUGGAGGCAUUGUAUUGAGCGGGCACAAGGAAUCCACUUUGCAUCGCUGUGUCGAUCAUACGUCCACCCAGCUGCAGUUCACGACAACAGGAUGGAUGAUGUACAUGAGCUCCGUCCAAUUGAUGCUCAUGGGAGCAAGAUUGGUUCUAUAUGACGGCAGUCCCUUUACACCAGACCCGAAGAACUUCAUUCGCCUCGUCGGGGAACAGAAAAUCACCCAUCUCGGCAUCUCCCCUCGCUACAUGCAAACGCUGCAAAUGAAUGGUAUCAAUCCUAAAGACGUUACGGAUCUUAGCCAUUUGAAGAUCGUUACCAGCACUGGAAUGGUAUUAUCAGAUGCGCUCUUCGAAUGGUUCUAUGAUUUUGGUUUCGCUCCCUCCACACAACUGUGUAAUAUCUCUGGAGGAACGGACAUAGCAAGUGCCUUCGGGACCGCGAAUCCCAUCCUUCCUGUCUAUGUUGGCGGCUGCCAAUGUAUAUCACUCGGCAUGGCAGCCGAGGUGUUUGAUUCGACCAUAGAAGGCGGGCAAGGAGUAAAGGGGGUUCCCGUCGAGGGUGGCGUCCCAGGAGAACUUGUCUGCACCAAGGCAUUUCCCACCAUGCCUGUCAAGCUCUGGGGAGCCAACAGCGCUGAGCGAUGUUGGACACAUGGAGAUUUCAUCAUGAUUCAUCCGCAGACCAGACAGGUCAUCUUCUUGGGUCGAGCGGAUGGAGUGUUGAAUCCUAGUGGAGUCCGAUUUGGGAGCGCAGACAUCUACAGUGUGGUCGAUGCCAAUUUCUCGGAUAUCAUUGCGGAUAGCAUUUGUGUAGGUCAGCGACGGCCCCAAGAUAAUGACGAAAGUGUGAUGCUUUUCUUGUUGAUGAAACCGGGGAAAGCUUUCACCCCUGAUCUGGUGAGACGAGUGAGAGCAGCAAUCAGGAAGGAGCAUUCACCUAGGCAUGUACCCAAAUACGUAGUGUACAUUUAG